GGGCGCAGGCGCGUGGGAGGAGGCCGUUGCUCCGGGUGACCUGGCGGCCGGCCUUCUCCUCAGGAAAAGCUGAGGGGAGGGAGGAUGUGGCGGCGGUGAAUCCCGGCGGCGCCCGCCAGGCGCUGAGGGAGAGAGCGCGUGAGAGAGGCGGCAGAGCGCGCGCGCGGGGAAAAAGGCCCAUGGCGGAGUUCCUGCCGGUGCCCGGGCUGUUCCUGCGGGAGGAGCCGCUUCCCGGGCCGGAUGCGUCCGAGACGGAGGCCGAGCUGUCCCUCAGCCUGGCGCGCACCAAGACCCGCUCGUACGGGAGCACGGCCACCGUGGCGGCGCCGCUGGCCGAGCGCUACGUGGAGCACCGCAUCAACGCCAGCGACACCCUGCAAGGCAUCGCGCUCAAGUACGGCGUGACGAUGGAGCAAAUAAAAAGGGCAAAUAAACUGUUCACCAAUGACUGUAUAUUUCUGAGAAAAACAUUGAAUAUCCCUGUUAUAUCUGAGAAGCCUUUGCUGUUUAAUGGACUUAACUCAUUGGAGUCUCCUGAAAAUGAAGCUGACACCCCCUCUUCUUGUGAAGAUGGACCAGUGACAGUUCAGGAAGACAACUCUUCACCCAGUCCUCAAGAGCCUGACAAUCCGCUCCCUCCACCUGAAGAAUUAUCUGCCAAAGAUUUUCUACAUAGACUGGACUUGCAGAUUAAGAUGUCCAAGCAGGCGGCUCGGAAACUAAAACCUGAAGAUAACAGGGAGGACGAUGAGGAAAACUCCUAUGCAACUUCUUAUCAGCAGUAGAAGAUGACUGAAGAACUGGAAUCAAAACUGUUCUUAAAGAACUAAAUAUCUGAGGAUUCAAAAGCAAACCUUUUGGAUUGAUUUAUUAUGGUGUACUUGUUACAAGUCGUAUAUAGGUAAUUCCACUAACUAUACUUGCACUAAAAUUAUUUGACCUUCGCCUUCUGCAGGCCAAUGUCCUUUUACUAUACAUUAAUAAAGGAAGUGAUCCUUCUGAAUCUAGUAAUUGCCUUCGUAUUUCUGCUAUGAAAAUAUAUCCCUGAGACAAUUCUGAAUCAGGAUCGUUAGGAAACAGCUGUAUAUACUUAUAAGAUAAAGUGUAAGGAAGAUUAAGUAUUUAUGAUGAAAGUUAUUAUUAUGGAGCCUUGAGAUAGAUAAGCCUGUCAUGCAGAUUUUGUGCAUAUCAGAGCUGAUGGAUGCAGCUCUGAAUAUUUUUUUUUCUCCAUGUGUGUGUACAUGUGUCUUUAUACAGAUAUAAAAAUAUGUAUAGAAAGAUAUUUGUUCUUAAAAUGAACCAGUUUUAACUGUUUUGGAAAGCAGUUGAGGUUUUAAAGUAUGUACGACACAAUACUUUGCUCGGAGACUUUUUUAAACAAAGGGAAAAACCUUGGUAAAAUGUAUUUUUCUUUGUGUCAGGGUAAUGUUCGAAACAGAUACUGUGUGCAGAUAUAUGUAGUUUUCAUGUAAUAAAUGCAAAAUGCACUUUAAGAAAGUGAACUGUCUUUGUUUUUCAGCCUAUCUGUAUAGAAGAUACAGAAUGUCUGGUGCUUUGCAAAUACAUUUCAAAAAUAUGCUUUUCUGUUUCAUUUGAGUGUAUUAAAAUUUCCUAAGCUGUCAAAGUGUCUGACUUAUUUUCUAACUACUGCAGCUUUAUUUUAAAUACAUUAAUUUUAUGACCAUAAAGAAAAAUGAAUCUAUUGAUUAUGCUUUUUUAUUCUUUAUGCUUUCUGAAAAACUGAAAUCAGAAAUUUAAUAUAUUUGUUGUGGAAAAUGAAUGAGGAUGCUAUUGUAUAUGUCGGGGUUGGGGAACCUCAGGUGGCAAUAUUCUGCCCCAUCUAUUACCAGUGGUUCAUUGCACCCGCACUGCAAAGAUGGAUAGAAGUCUCACCAUUUGCUUGUGUCUGGAACUACUAUGCAUGCAAAUUAUAAGGACCUUGGUGGGCACAUAAUUCAAGGCUUCUCUCAUCCCUUUACAAUACAUCCAUGUGACUUGUGAUCAGGAUUCUGAAAGAUCUUCUCACCCCUUAUAUAUAAAUUUGAUCACUGUGCUCUGCAGGCAAGGGCCUCCUACAGACACUGUCUUAUCUGGUCUGUUCUGCACAAUAUAGGAAUCUGGCCUUCAGUGUUGUGGCACCUACCCUUUGGAAUUGCCUCCUGUCAAAUAUUAGACAGGCACAGAGAGAAUAAACACCAUGGUGCAUCUGCAGCAGCACAACCAGCUGCAACAAAACAUGUCUCCUGUGUUGGUCACAGCAGGAGCUUGCUGAAAUCUUCCAGCAGUUUGAUUUCACCCUCAAAGGCACAAUCUUCCAUUGUCUCCUGAGACAGAUUGAUGUCAGCAAACAUACCCUCUUCCAACACGCCUUUUAAGCAGAGAGCUUUCCCGGUCUGCAUCUGUAUUGGAAUUGUUUUUAGAUAUUUUAAUUGUUUUACCAGUUAGUGUUUGCUGCCCUGGGAAUAAGAGUGGGAUAUAAAUGCAAUUAAUUGAUUAAUAUAUGUCCCUGUUUAAAAUCAAGUGCCGUACUGCUAUUCUUCGAAGGAAC